CUUGGAAACUUUCGCUGCCUGUAUUUAGUUUCAGUUUGUGCAGACAAGCUGCCCUAGCGGUUUCCUUUUAAUUUGUAAUAUCUUCAGAAAUAUGGCGAUAAGUAAGGGGAUUUAUCUUGUGAAUUUUUCGUAGACGGAAGCAGUUUCUACAUUGUACUUGCACGCGAUCAAUAUUUUUAACUACAAAUAAUAACGUUUACUUUGGACUCACAAAUAUGCACUAAAAGACCCAAGAUUAUUUACUAAUCCAGGUUAAAGUCUGAUCAUAUGAGCCAUGUAAUAAAAUACCCCAGAAUGACAAUACGUUAACAAUUUCUAAUGUAAAAGCACAACUAGCGAAUGUGGUUUUGUCAUAUUUUCUCAGACACAUUGGAGCGCGUGUCUGUAUGUUUCUUCAUCGCGAGCGUCUUGCACGCGCAACUGCGAGCUGUUCUCGUCCACAUGCUCAGUCAGCAACGCACAGCCAUAUUUGAGCACGAAUGCUUAGUUUUUGAUGAUAUUUAACUUCAGUCUUCAUACUCACAGAAGCAUUGAAUAAACAGAGGACGUCCACUCAUUCGGGGCCAUGGCCUUUCUGAGAACUGCAGCGCAGAGGGCAAUGUCAUGCCGGCAGCCCCUCUCGCCCCUCUAUCGUGCCACCACCCUUUGCUAUAGCUCCCAUUCAACGCACACAACAGAGAAAAGCGUGCCCUAUGAGAAGACCCUCAAACAGGAGGAAGGCCACAGUGGUCCCACCAAACCCCUGCCACAGACUGCAGAUGUUGUGGUGAUUGGAGGUGGAAGCCUGGGUUGCCAGACACUUUACCACCUGUGUAAAAUGGGCAUGACCAAUGUGGUUCUGCUGGAGAGGGACAGACUGACCGCUGGUACCACCUGGCACACAGCAGGGCUUUUGUGGCAGUUAAGGCCAAGUGAUACUGAAGUCGAGCUGUUGGCUCACACACGUAACGUUGUCAGCUCAGAGCUGGAGCUGGAGACGGGCCUCGAGACGGGCUGGAUCCAAAAUGGAGGACUAUUCAUUGCUUCCAACAAGCAGCGUUUGGAUGAGUACAAGCGCCUCAUGUCGCUGGGUAAAGUAUACGGCAUUGAGUCGUAUGUCCUGUCACCAGCUGAGACCAAAGAUCUGUAUCCACUGAUGAAUGUCAAGGAUCUUUAUGGCACACUGUACGUACCUAAAGAUGGCACCAUGGACCCCGCAGGCACCUGCACCACCCUGUCCAGAGCGGCAACUGCACGUGGGGCCACUGUGAUCGAGAACUGUCCAGUUACUGGUAUCCAGGUGAAGGUUGAUCAUAUGGGUGUUAAGAGAGUUAAAGGAGUCGAAACUGCUCAUGGGACCAUUCAAACCCCAUGUGUGGUCAACUGUGCAGGUGUUUGGGCCACUAAACUGGGUAAAAUGGCAGGUGUUCACGUACCUUUGGUAGCUAUGCACCACGCUUAUGUUGUCACAGAAAGAAUCGAGGGGAUUCAGAAUAUGCCCAACGUCAGGGACCAUGAUGCAUCAGUCUACCUCCGUCUCCAAGGUGACGCUCUUUCUGUGGGAGGCUACGAACAAAACCCAAUUUUCUGGGAUGAUGUGUCUGAUAAGUUUGCAUUCAGCUUGUUUGAUCUGGACUGGGAUGUUUUCAUGCAACACAUCGAGGGCGCCAUUAACCGAGUACCUGCUCUGGAACAAACUGGAAUCAAAUCCACCGUCUGUGGCCCAGAAUCAUUUACUGCAGACCACAAGCCCCUGAUGGGUGAAGCCCCUGAAGUGAGAGGAUUUUUCCUGGGUUGUGGUUUCAACAGUGCUGGUAUGAUGCUGGGGGGAGGAUGUGGCAGAGAGCUGGCUCAUUGGAUCAUACACGGACGUCCAGAGAAAGACAUGUAUGGAUACGAUAUCAGGAGAUUCCAUCACUCCCUGGUCGACAAUAACCGCUGGAUCAGAGAGAGGAGUCACGAGUCAUACGCUAAAAACUAUUCAGUGGUGUUCCCCUUCGACGAGCCUCUGGCCAGCCGUAACAUGAGGAGAGACCCACUUCACCAGGUACUGCAGAAUCAGGGCUGUGUGUUUCAAGAGAGGCACGGCUGGGAGAGACCGGGCUGGUUUAACCGAGAUGGCCCUGCACCAGUUUUAGAUUAUGAUUACUACGGUGCCUACGAUGUGCCCAAAAACACUGCGUACAGAUACAAUGAGCUGCUUGGCAAGGAGUACACCUUUGACUUUCCUCCACACCAUAACGUUAUUCAGGAUGAGUGUCUCACCUGUAGGAACGCGGUAGCUGUCUUUGACAUGUCCUACUUUGGUAAAUUUUACCUGACUGGUCCAGAUGCAAAGAAGGCAGCUGAUUGGCUGUUUACAGCUGAUGUCAACAAAGCCCCGGGCUCUACAGUGUACACCUGCAUGGUUAACAAGAAGGGUGGAGUGGAGUCUGACCUUACCGUCAGUCGUUUGGAGCCCAGUGCCGCCCAGCUUCCCCUAACACCCGAAUCCAAUGGUGAUGCAUACUACCUGGCCAUAGGAGGUGGUGUGGCCCAGCAUAACUGGAGCCACAUACAAACAGUGCUCCAGAACCAGGGCUUUCGCUGCACAUUAAUAGACCACACUGAAGACAUGGGCAUGAUCAGCAUACAAGGACCCAAGAGUCGAGAACUACUGCAGGAAGUGUUGGACACAGACCUCAGCAAUGACGCGUUUCCCUUCUCUACACAUAAGAUAGUAAAUGCUGCUGGACACAAGGUGAGGGCCAUGCGUCUGUCAUUUGUGGGCGAGAUGGGCUGGGAGCUUCACGUUCCUAAAGAGUCGUGUGUGCCCGUCUAUCACGCCGUCAUGGCCGCUGGUGCCAAACAUGGUAUCUGUAAUGCAGGCUACAGAGCCAUCGACUCCCUGAGCAUUGAAAAAGGUUACAGGCAUUGGCAUGCAGAUCUUCGGCCUGAUGACACUCCCCUAGAGGCGGGACUUGCGUUCACCUGUAAAAUGAAGAGCUCCAUUCCCUUCCUGGGUCGAGAGGCUUUAGAGGCCCAAAAGGCAGAGGGUCUGCGCAAACGAAUCGUGUGUUUCACUAUUGAUGAAAAAGUGCCAAUGUUUGGUCUGGAAGCUAUUUUCCGCAAUGGCGUCCCCGUGGGCCACCUGCGACGCUCUGAGUUUGGGUUUGCUAUCGACAAGACAAUUGGCUAUGGUUAUAUUCGCAACCCAGAUGGCGGUGUGGUGAGCCCUGAUUUUAUCCGCAGUGGAGAAUUUACUCUGGAGAGGAUGGGUGUCACAUAUAAAGCCACAGCUCACUUGAAAUCUCCCUUUGACCCCGAGAACAAGCGUGUUAAAGGAAUCUACAGUUCUUCAUAGGAUGAGAAUAAAGUGAACAGAAUUUAACUCAUCCAGAUUAAGUUCUGGGUAAGGGAGCUUAAUGUUUACAGGCCUUUAUAAAACACUUAUAACCCUCAGCAUGCCAGAUGAAACGAAAUGCUGUUUAUUGUCGGUGUCAUAAAGUGGUCAUCUGCUGUUUUGGAUUAUGGAGGAAUACAGAACUAAUGUGAAUUUUAGAAAUAACCUGGUGGUGUAUCAGAGUAGUGUCAUAACAAUCUUUCUGUGCCUUAAGGAAUAGUUUACAUACAAAUUUACAUGAUUUACUUGCCAUUAUGCCGUCGCAUGUCCAUGUUCCCAAAUAAUGCAAUACUGCCAUACUACUUUAUGUCAGUGUAUUAAAAGCGCAGCAUGAACAUUGUGCCUUUUAUAUUUCACAAAAAACGAAUCAUGCAGGUUUUGUUACAGCAUGAGGUUGAGUAAAUUACUUUAUUAUUUUUUUUCAAAAAUUUCAUUGGGCAUCUCUUGGAUAGCAGGUCUUAACCUUUUUUCAUAGAAUAUAGCUAUACAUUAAAGAUGUUAAUCAAUGGGUAAAAACUUACAAUGCAUAAUAUAAUAGUGUGAUAAUUUUUCAAAAAUGUAAACAUUUCAUGUAAUAUAAAAGUCAGAUUUGUGUACAGGUUAUAUAAUCAUAUGCUGUAUUUUCCAGAUGUGACAGAAGCUGAAAAUAAAUUAUGCAGGUCGGGCUGUGAAUCCAUUGUUGCUUGUAAUUCUUUGUGAAGUUUUGCUCCAAGCUGUGUGCUGUUGAACUCCAUCUGUUGUUUAAAUGGACAGUGUGAAUUUGUUAUAAAUGUAUCAUACUGUAUUUGUAUUAGUGUGAGAACAACAUGACUUCACUUUUUCUGGAUGAAAUUUUUGGUGUAUAAUUAGGUGCUAGAUAAUUAAUUAAUUGUAGUAUACACUGUUGUAUGCAUACAGUAUGUGAAUUUUUUGUACACAUAAAAUACGUGGAUGACCUGCUACAUUUUUCACAAUCAUCCUGACAUGUGAUAAGUGAUCAAACACAAUUGGACAAAGUUUAAUUAUAAAUGCAAAAUGGCCAUUGAUGUUUCUGAUAAUCGGACACCACGUGUUGAAUUAAACUUGAAAUUAGAAGUGAAAAAUAAAAAUAAAUUAACUAC